UUCGAAGUAUACUUUAAAAAGUAGUUGAAAGAAUAUUAAUUAAGCAAAAUGAAACAUUAAAUAUUCAAUUAAACGACUGCAGUCAAAUGAUAUUGGCAUACAAUGUCUUCUGUUGUGACCAAAGUGUGUAAACUCAGCCACAAGCAGUUUCGCGCUAUGUUAAAAAAAUUUCGAAGGAAGAAAAAGAGGCAGCAGUUAGCCAAGGACAGAGAACAGCAAGAACUUUUAGAGCAACAGAAACGAGAAAAUUCUCCUAAUUUUAAAGCCAAAGAAGAAGAACGACUUCGAAAUGAAGAAUUAUAUGAGCAAUUUCAGGAAAGAGAAAGGGCUAGACAAAAUAAAUUGUGGCUUCUUAGAGAAGAACAAGCUCAAGUUGAGUUUAAGAAGAAACAAGAAAGAUUGGAAUUGGAAAAGAUUCGAAAGGAAGAAGAAAGAAAAAGAAUAUUGGCUGAAUUUGAAAAACAACAGUUUGUAGAAGCUCAAGAGGUUGAACAGAAAGAAAAGAUUAAAACACAAAAGGAGGAAGCUCUUCAAGAAGCUCUCACAAAAUUGUCUCAGGAAGAUGAGCCUUGGCAUAACCCUAUUGCUCCUGAAAGUUACAAUAGUGGUAAAGAAAAGGAGAAAUGUCAGUUUUUUAUGAAGACUGGUGCAUGCAGAUUUGGAGAAAGGUGUUCUAGGGGACAUUCUUAUCCUGUCAUAAGUUCUACUAUAUUAAUUCGAGGAAUGUACACCCACCUUAGCAUAGGUCAAAACAGCAGGGAUGAUUAUGAUACUGAUGGAGCAUUGGAAUAUGAAGAUAAAGAAAGAUAUCAGGAUUUCUUAACUUUUUAUGAUGAUGUACUGCCCGAGUUUAAAAAAUAUGGGAAAGUUCUUCAGUUUAAAGUUUGCAAUAACCAUGAGCCUCAUUUGCGUGGAAAUGUUUACGUACAAUAUCCUAGUGAAAAGGAAGCUGUUGAAGCAUAUAAAGGUUUUAAUGGUCGAUUUUAUGCUGGGAAACAACUUACUUGUGAGUUUACUCAUGUGGUCAAAUGGCGGUCUGCGAUAUGUGGUUUAUUUGCUCGUAACAAAUGUCCAAAAGGUAUUGAAUGCAAUUUUUUGCACUGUUUUAAAAACCCUGGGAAAGAAUUCUUCAUGGCAGACAAAGAUUUACUUCCUCUAGAAACAUUUAGAAAUUCUCAACGAAAUGAUGAUGAUAGACAGAGGCGUGAAAGCAGUCGUAGAUCAUCCAGUCAUUAUGAUUAUGGGUAUAAUGAUGAUUACCCUGAUGGACGAAAUUCUAGAAGAGAUUCAACUAGAAGUUCGUAUCGAGACAGAAGAGAUAGUUCUGAAGAAAGAGGAAGUCACAGAUCAUCUCAUUAUAGAACACCCAGAGACAGAUAUGAUAGCCAUAGUUCUCACAGGUAUAGAAGACACAAGUCGAGAUCUAGAUCUGUUUCUCCUUAUACGUCUGAUGAGGAGAAUGAAAGGUCAAAUAGCUCCAGUAAAAGAAAACAUAAAAAGAAACAUUCUAAAAAAUCAAAACGGAAGAGAAGUUCUAGUGAAAGAAGUUCUAGUGAAGAUUGAAUCUAGUUUUUACAAGUUGUGAGCUUUCUUAUGUCAAAAAUGAGAAACUCAAGCCAUAAUUGUACAUUUUUUGCUGUAUAUUUUAUCUCUAUUGAUUGUUAUUA